UCCUUAUGGAUGCUAUUACUUGUAAAGUUAUGCUUAUCUAUUUUUUGCAAUUGAACUUGCUCAUUUCAUCUUAUAUAAAUAUAUAUAAAUUUCUAGCAUAACCGUUAUUGAGUUCUACCACUAUCAUUUUCCUUCACAAUCUAUAAUUCUCUCUUACUUUCUAUCUUCACUUCCUUUUCCCUCUUUUCUUUCUUUGUCUUGCAAGAUGAAGCACUCUCUACUCAUCUCAAGGAACGUUGUAGGUGUUAUUGGAAAUGUUAUUUCCGUCUUCCUCUUUGCCUCACCAACGCCAACAUUUAUACAAAUAUACAAGAAAAAAUCGGUGGAGCAAUAUAAGCCAGACCCAUACUUAGCCACAACAAUGAAUUGCAUGUUAUGGGUGUUUUAUGGAAUGCCAUUUGUCCAUCCAAAAAGCCUUCUUGUUGUUACAACUAAUGGCAUUGGCCUUGCUCUUGAGAUCAUCUUCCUUCUUGUUUUCUUCAUCUAUGCAGAUAAGCAUAAUCGGUUGAAGGUUCUCAGAUGGAUUGCAGUGGAAUUAACUCUAAUGGCAGCUGUGAUUAUAAUCACAAUGUUAUGUUUCCAUACAACACAAAAGAGGACUUUCUUCGUGGGGAUUCUUUGUGUGAUAUUUUGUUUGGGAAUGUAUGUUUCACCCCUCACAAUUAUGGGCAAAGUGUUUAAGACGAAAAGCGUGGAAUACAUGCCGUUUUGGCUUUCAGUUGGCAAUUUUGCAAAUGGUGUUAUAUGGACAAUUUAUGCGUUUCUUCCACUUGAUCAAUGGAUCCUUAUCCCAAACGGUCUUGGAGCAAUAUCGGGUGCUGCUCAACUAAUUCUGUAUGCAUGUUAUUACAAAACUACUAAACAAGCAAAUGAUGACAAGAAGCCAAAUCAAGUCAUUCAAAUGUCUUCCCAUGACAAUUUAUCAGCUUGAAUUCAUACAUGUUUCAUUCCUUGUACCAUAUUUAGUCAUUGUCCAGGCCAGGCCAACAGAUACAUAGAAACAUUUGAAUCCACUUUGAUACUGUUACAUGUGUAAGUGUGAGUUUUCACUGAGCUACUUAUUAAUAAACUACAAGCUAGCUUCAUAUGGAAUAAUAAAUUCCCUAGACAUUCAUGUUUUA